AUGGAGGUCCAAGACUGGAUUGAAUCAUCAAUCCGAGCGCUUUUCUGUUUGACCGGCAUUACAGGGAACUUCUGGCUGGGUUUGCGCUCUCUUCCCAAAUCCAUAUCUCAACUGCGACCCAACGACGUCCUCUUCAUGAACCUGGCCGCGUCCAAUCUGAUCACAAACUGCUUGGUGGAUCUUCCAGACACAUUGGCGCAGUUUGUGAACAACUGGUUCAUUGGAAGAAGCUACUGCGGCGUGCUUCAGUUCUCAUCCGAUCUCUCGGAGACCAGCAGCAUCUUCUCCACUAUGUUCAUCAGCAUGUAUUGGCACCAGAAACUGGUGGGCUCCAUCAGUCGUGGAGGAGCUCCGGUGCAGAUGGAUGAUUUGAGGUUAGUCGGCGUAUUGCUCGCUGGGAGCUGGAUCGUGGCGUUGAUGUUCAGCGUUCCCCACUUUUUUAUUGCAGAACACGAUGGGAACGAGACUUUAGAGGUCUGUGAAGAACGUUUCCCAACACCUGCGGAGAAAAAGACGUUUGACGCGCUGUAUCUGAUUCUGGCGAACGUGGUUCCACUUGUUGGGAUCACCUACGCCAGCGUGCAGAUCGUCUUAACGCUGCUCCAGAGUCAAAAACGAAUCACACACCACUCCAAAGAAAGAAAUGCACCACCUACAGAAGAAAAUAUGGCUGAAAAGUCUAAAGUCGUGAAUAGCGUCGCGUACCCACAGCUCAGACCCAAUCAGUCCUCGAGUUACCAGGUUCGAGCUGCCAAAAGUGUGGUUGCAGUCGCCACCAUCUUCAUCUUCUGCUGGUUUAUUCACCUUGUGCUCCGCAUCUACAGCAGCUUCAGAAACUCCAUCCUCGUUGUGAAACUCACCAAUUUUAUAGGAGCUUUUUACACCUGUUUUGUUCCCUAUGUGUACUUGCAUGGUGUGAAGAAACUCAGCUGCUCUUGGUGGUAA